GUAGCAAGAAACCGGUUUAUUAUUGUUGCCCUUGGAGCUUUCUUAAUCACUAUUUCUAUAACAGCACUUGUCUUGUCAUUGACGAAUAUUUCAUACGCUCGAAAAAAUAAACGUAAUGUGAUUCUCUUGAUUUCUGAUGGUUUUGGACCUGCCUCGCAAACCUUUGGACGUUCUUACUAUCAAUUUGUUAAUGAUCUCCCGUGGAAUCAUACGACUUCGCUUGACAAACUUCUUGUGGGAUCGUCGCGUACACGAUCUUCUAAUAGCUUGGUUACUGAUUCUGCGGCCGGUGCUACGGCUUUUUCGUGUGCUUUAAAGACGUAUAAUGCUGCGAUAGGAGUUGAUCCCGAUCAACAACCGUGCGGCACAAUUUUAGAGUCAGCUAAAGCGAAAGACAUGGUUACCGGUUUGGUCGUAACUAGUCGUAUUACUCAUGCGACUCCCGCCUCGUUUUCUGCGCACGUAAUUCAACGGAACAUGGAAUCUGAAAUCGCAGUGCAACAAAUCGGCGAUUAUCCGCUUGGCAGACAGGUCGACUUGAUGUUUGGAGGUGGUCGAUGCUUCUUUCUCGGAAAUUCCACAGAUGGUAGCUGCCGAACCGAUAGUCGUGACGUAAUAUCCGAUGCGAAAAAACGAUUCCAUUAUUUGAGUACACGAAAAGAAUUCGAGAAUAUCGAGAUAAAAAAGGACAGCCUUCCGAUCAUGGGACUUUUCACACUUGAUCAUAUGUCUUAUGAAAUUGACCGGGAUCCAGCAGUUGAACCAUCAUUGAAAGAAAUGUCUGUAAAAGCACUUGAACUGCUUACAAAGGCUACAGAAAAUUCGGAUGAAGGAUUCUUUUUGAUGAUCGAGGGAAGCAGAAUUG